AUGCAUCCGAUAUACAGCCGAAAGGGCAUUUCCAACCAGACGGCCUUUUGGGAUUCGCUGCUUACACCAAAUGGAGGCUUCCUAAUGGUCGACUUGGGCGACCAUAGAAACCAUAGUGUGGGGGUGUCCAUGUUUCAUCAGCUGCACUGCUUAAGCAUAGUUCGAAGCGUGGUGGUCGGCGGGGGCAUGGACAAACAUCCCAAUGACGGCGGAGGAAACAGCACCAUGGAAGACGAUCAACACUUUAUGCACUGCUUCGACUACAUCGUUCAGGCCAUCCUGUGCUCAGCUGAUGAUGCUUUGGAAAACUCAGUUAACAUAUUGGACGCUGAGGGCGGGGAGGAGGACGGAAUCAACGGAAUGGGGCAGACACACAAGUGUCGCAAUGCCACAAUGCUCUAUGACUACGUGCUGCAGUCCGUGCAGGUCCCCAUAAAGCCAGCCUCGCUUGGGAAAUAUUCUGUAUUCUUAUGA